AUGCCUCCAAUUCCAGGUGUGGAUGGAGACGGUCGACGGGUUAUCCUCUAUCAUCAAACACUCCUGCCAAAUUCGGGCCCAUAUGUCCCCAUGAAGCCACUAUUGUCUAACAACACUGGUAUCACACAUGUUAUCAUCGCCGCAAUUCAUAUCAAUGGUGAACCGGGCGAUAUAACACUCAACGACGACCCCCCAGAUAGCCCCAAACACGACCCAUUAUGGAACGAAGUACCCCUACUGAAACAGGGCGGAGUGAAAAUAAUGGGCAUGCUCGGCGGCGCAGCACAAGGCUCCUUCCAGCGUCUCGACGGCGACCAAGAAAAAUUCGAACGCUACUACGGGCCUUUGCUAGCUAUGAUUCGUCGCCAUGGACUACAAGGUCUAGAUCUCGACGUUGAAGAGGAAAUGUCUCUACAAGGCAUUAUUCGACUGAUUGACCGACUCAAGUCUGACCUGGGUGAUGAUUUUAUCAUCACUCUGGCACCUGUUGCUGCAGCACUUCUGGGAAUGGGGAAUUUGUCUGGAUUCGACUAUCGUCAACUUGAACAGGCACGCUCCUCCAAGAUUAGCUGGUACAAUGCUCAGUUUUACAAUGGAUGGGGUCCCGCAGACGACCCACGCAUGUAUGCGGCGAUGAUUGCGCAGGGAUGGUCUCCUAAUCGGAUCGUUUAUGGCCUUUUGACAAAUCCUGGAAAUGGUUCACAGGGAUAUGUGCCCCGAGAGAAGAUCAGUACUGUGCUUGCGGCGCUGAUUGAACGAUUCCCGAAUUUCGGAGGGGUGAUGGGGUGGGAAUAUUUCAAUGCACUUCCGGGAGACCGUGCUAGGCCGUGGGAGUGGGCUACUGAGAUGACUGUGAGCAUGAAUAUGAAGGACGUCGUCGUCGCUGCUCAGCAGGUUCUUUCAACUGGGCCCAUGGUGGAUAGUUUGAACAAUCUAUUUCGUGAUAUGAUGAAUCAGAGAAGGCAGUCCUGA